AUGCCGUCAGUUUUAAAAUCUCAACCCCUGGUCAGCACAAUCUCAGACAAUUACGAGAUUUUAAUAGUUCUGGGAGUGGGUUCCUUUGGACAGGUGCUGAAAUGUUUGAAACUGGACACUGCAGAGACUGUGGCUGUCAAGGUUUUGAGAAACAGUAACGCAGAUGAACUCAACAUGAGAGAGAUGUGCAUGCUGAAAAAGCUCAGAUGUUUUGACUCUGAUAAGUCCAACAUCGUCAGAUGCCAUGAAUGCUUUCAACGGAUGGACCGGACGUUCAUGGUUUUUGAAAUGCUGGAUAUGAGCCUCCAUGAGUACAUGGACAAGAGAGAAUGGCUGCCUGCACCUCUCAAUGGCAUAAGAACGGUGAUCAAAGACUUGGCCACAGCAUUUGAUGCCCUAAAGAGUAUUGGACUGAUCCAUACAGACUUGAAGUUGGACAACGUCAUGCUGGUGGAUCACCAGGUACAUCCGUUCAGGGUGAAGCUCAUCGACUUUGGCCUAGUUGUAAAGACCUCCGAAGUCUGGAAAGGACUUGUAGUGCAGCCUCUCUGGCAUAGAGCCCCUGACGUUAUUCUUGGCCAGCUAUUCAAUGCGGCCAUCGAUGUUUGGUCUCUUGGCACCAUAUUGGCCGUAAUGCUCCUCGGUGUUCAGCUUUUCCCAGGAAAUAAUCAGUAUGAUGUGCUCCAUUUCAUCAUCGAUCUCCUGGGUGAACCACCAAGGAAACUCCUGAAUAGUGGAUUAUUCACAGAGUCCUUCUUUAAGGGAAAAAGCAGAUUCUGUGGGCAGACGGUUUGGAAAUUCAAGACACCCUUGGAGUUUCAGCUGGAAACAAAGCUGAAGACGAGUGAUGACAGGGAAUACACGUUUUCCUCUCUGGAGGAGCUGAAAACAUCAAGCACACACAACAAAACCAGCUUCCAGGCAGAAGACGGGAAUUCUUGUGUGGAGCUCUUGCAGGACAUGCUCCAGAUGGACCAAAAGAAAAGGAUUACUCCAAAACAAAUCCUGGCCCAUCCAUUCAUAACCAGGAGCUACCUCAAUCUGAGCAAAAACUGUCUGUAUGGCACUGAAACUGUAGAAGCUGACAGUUCCAGCGAGAGGCCAGGGACAGAACAGACAAAACUUGACGGAUCCUCUGAACACUCCUGUAGUCUCAAAGAGCUGCCAGCUGGGGUCAUCGAGGUUCAGACCGAUGAGAGGACCGUACUGGUUGAAGAAGCCACCAAAGAGAGCAGUGUCCUCAGGACCCAGACUGUGCAUGGAGAUACCCCCAGCUCAGUGAAGGCUGAAAUUGCACCUGAAAUUAAACUGGAAUCAGUCACUGAUGAAGAUUGGGAAAUAAGCAUAUCGGUUAUUGGAAAAGGCCAUUCCGAAGCUCCCAAGUCCAGCAGCGAAGAGCCUUUGCCCGCACCUGUGGUCAGCGAGCCCAGGAAGAAAAAGAAGAAGGGAAUCAGAGGAUUCUUCUCCAGGAUGAGGAGGAAUUUCUUCUCCUGCUUCUGUGUGCCUGGGCAGGGCGAGGAGUGA